AUGGCGAGACCCAAAGAUGCGGCUUUGGCCCGAUUCUAUGGCCUCCCUAAGGUGCACAAAACGGCGCUCUUCUCCGACCCAUCGUGUCCCUCAAAGGUACUCCAACAUACGGACUGGCUAAGUAGCUGUUCCGGCGUCUCGCGUUCUUGACCGCAGACUCAGACACCACGGUCUCUUUGUCAGCACAAUUCCUGGAGAAACUCAGAGGGGUAAGCCUACAUCCAAAUGUGGUCAUGGUAUCUUUUGAUGUUACAUACCUUUUUACUUCUAUUCCCCAGGACCUGAGGGUCGAGACAAUCGAGCUGCUUCUACAAGGCAAGUGCGAUGAAACGGAAAAUCUUCUUGGACACGCCCAAGUCCUUCAACUCCUAAAGUUCGGUCUCAGAACGUACGUCACGUUCGACGGGACAAUCUACGAACAGGUGAAGGGCACACAAAUGGGUUCGCCGAUUUCGGGAUUCAUCACCGAAGCGGUUGUGCAACGGUUAGAGUCGCUGGUCUUCGAACACCACAGACCGAAGUUCUGGGCCCGGUAUGUGGAUGAUACUUUCUUCAUUAUCGAACGGGAUCAGCUGCUGACAUUGAAGGAAUAG